AUGAAUGGCACCAACAGAGGUCCCCAGGACCACAUAAAACUUACACAUGACAAGCUCUCAGCCGAUGCUGUUUCUGACACAGUCUUAUGUCCAUCUUGUGGAGCAGUGUCUAUGUUUAUUGGAACCACAAGGAACAGUUUUGAGGGGAAGAAGGUUAUUCAGUUAGAAUAUGAAGCAUAUGUCUCAAUGGCAGAGUCAGAGCUCAAAAAAAUAUUCAAAAAUAUAAGAGAAAAGUGGUCAACUGUGCAACAUAUUUGCGUACAUCACAGACUUGGGAUUGUCCCUGUGAGUGAAGCCAGUGUAAUCAUAGGCAUUUCCUCACCUCAUCGGACAGAGUCUCUGGAAGCAGUGCAGUACUGCAUAAAUGCACUGAAAUCGACUGUUCCCAUCUGGAAAAAGGAAAUCUAUGAAAUGGAGGAUUUCUCUUGGAAGGAGAACAAGGAAUGCAUAUGGAAAGGAAAUGGAUGUGAAAACAAACUGCGGGAUCCUCCAGACCAGUGCUGAAGUGUGUCAUUAAACACCCAGUUUCCCAUAUCACAACUGGCCUAAAGCUGACCGAAAAAUGAAGUGGACUGCAUCUAUUGCAACAGUGGAGUACUGUGGCCUGUUUGUUGACUGUAUUAUUGAAUUGCAUUUAUUUUGGGGAAUAAUUAAUAUAAAGUUGUAGAUCAAAUACAUAAUUUAUGUCUAGAGUUAACAAAAAUGUAUAAUGAAUCUUUUUGGAAACACUGUGGUUAUGCAUUUCAUGCCUGGGUUUGGCUUGUGCACUGAUAACAGGUGCCACUACUUAUAAUAAUAAAGUGAAUGGGUAAUUGUCA